UAUAGACUCACAUUCUUUGGCAUACAGGGAAAGGAGGACGCAGGAUCCAAUGGGUGUACUAAUACCUAUGACUGGAACCCCAGAUCAGAAUCUAGAUCCAGUUGCACAGUAUUCAGGCUCAGAGGAUAUAAUAGACAUUGCUUUGGUAGAUGUGGAGAGUUAUCAAAACGCCGGAAAUGAAUAAAUUCAAAGAUAUUAAAAAAUAACACUUACUUAGUGAAACACUAUAAAAAUGACAAAAUCAAGAAUUAAAAUAAAUUACAAAGUGGUCAUUUUACUGACGUUAUGUUGCAUAUUCUUCAUUUUUUUGGGCUCAGAAAUAUACUUUAACAAAUUUGUAAUAGAGCUGGACUACUCAAGGAUUUACGUGAAAGCUAAUUUGAGCAAUCUUAAUCAAGACAUACACGUGACUAAAUUAUUAUCGAAAUUUUCGUGUAGCAAAAAGCCAAUAAAGUUGUUAGUUGUGGUGAUCAGUAACGUAAUGUAUUUCCAGCGUAGAGAUACCAUUCGGAAAACAUGGGGAAAGAGAUUAGAUUUGCAUACAACAAACGAUUUUCGCACUUUCUUUGCUGUGGCAAAGACAACAGAUGAAACAACACAAGAAAAACUUGAGAAUGAGAUUGCGACUUAUGGAGAUGUAAUACAAGGAGAUUUUUACGAAGAUUAUUAUAAGCUUCCAAGAAAGACUGAGCUAGUUUUCGAAUGGGCGUAUAAACACUGUGAAUUUGAUUACUUGCUGAAGGCAGAUGACGACGUGUACGUUAACCUAAUGAUCCUUUUUCAAUUUCUUGAUCAUCCAGAUACACCUAAGACUAAAUUGUAUGCAGGACGCCAACAUGUAAAAACAAACGUGUUCAGAGAAGGAAAGCUGAAAGUCACUUUUGAAGAGUACGGAACGAAAAACUAUCCUGAUUUUUGUAGCGGUGGAUCAGCCAUACUUUCAAGAGAUGUAGUAGGAAGUAUAAUUCCGUAUUUUCAAAAAAAUCCAAUUCGAUUGGAGGAUGUUUACACCGGCAUGUUGAUGAUGAAUGCAGGUGUUGUGUCAAGACAUGUACCGAGUGUCAGAAUGUUUGAGAAAAAUUGUGAUUAUCAAAACACCACGUUGGCACAUCAUUCUGAAAUACAUACAAAGAAAAGAAGCUGUCUGUUGAAAUUAUUUUAUAGUAUGCUAGCCCAAAACGUUGAAAGUGCUUUUAUACGCACGCAUUACAUUAACGUGAUGGACGAUAGGGGGAAGUAGUUCAGUUAGAUGGUGAUUUAUCACUCUGAUCUGUUUGUUUUUCUUAGUUGACUUUUUGUUUACUGUUUACUUAUGUUUUUUAUUUGUUUUUCAUUUGUUUUUAAUGGUUUUAUUCUUUUAUAGCUUUAAAAAUUUGUUUUGUUGAUAGAAUACGUUAUGCUUCUUUUCUAAA